UGCGUCGCCAGGAAAUGCCGAUCGACAAUACAGAGCGCGAUUCGACGUCGCCCGAAGACAUAGCGCCUGAUGCGCUCCAGCGCCUCGUGCUCCCUGAGGACUGGACUUCCUACGACCUCUUUUCAUGUGCAGUCUCACAAGAAGCAUUCCGCGGAUGGGUCAAGCAGCCAUCUCCGUCGUGUGCUGCAGCUGCCCUGGCUGGCGCGCUAAACGUUGUAUACGGCUACCCACGUACGCACGUCCAAGCGUACACAAGUAUGGACAUCCUGUCCGUGUAUCGAGAACAGUUCAAUGACUUACUGACAAGCCAGAGACGGCAACUUUCAGCUGCCAUCGGCAACACAGCUCUUACAACGCUGGAGAUUUUGAUGCAGUCAGCGUUGCAUGCGCAAAAUCUUGACUAUGGGGGCGUAGGAUCUCACAGAGUCACGAAGCGUGUCCUUCGCCGAUGUAUUCAGGAAUGCCUGUCGUCGAUCAUUCCAUCAUACACAGCGCUCGACGUUUCAUCAGGUGAUGAAUCCAUCGAUACGGACGAUUUCGACGACGCUGUCGCUGAACAAGUCGACAACGGUCCCGUAACACCGACGUCGAGAGAUGUUGCUCCCCAUCCUUGCCCCCAAGGGAUAGCUCCGCUGUCCGACCCCCAGCUUACAACUCUACUCUUGUAUUUUCAUCGCAUGGAUGGGCUCGCAAAAUUAUGUCGUCCAGACAAGCCCAGCACAGCCAUUUGCGGCAACGCCACAUUACUCAACGCUGCGUCCUAUGUUCAUAGCACCAGCGACGCAGUGCACCGUGUUAAAUGUCUUCGAGCGACGUGUUUAAUGGGACAAUUUUCGCCCAACUGCAAGCUGCGCAUUGCCAUAACUCCAACGGAUUCUCCGGGGAAGCAAACUCUCGACUGGAAAGUCCUAUGGAACACAUUUACAGACGACCACACAGCGUUGGUGGUGCACCUGAAGAACCACUACGCGAUGGUGUUCGCCCUACGUGAGUGGAAAGAUCCGUCGACGAAGGAGUGGACGCGACAGAUACUGACGGCGCGUCGAGGCCAACGCCCUUCGUCAUGGGUGAACUGGUCCGAACUCCGCCACAUAUUUCUCGGCUGGACAGGAUACAAACUGCUCGCAUUUGCUGGGAGCACAGGAGAUGAAUGAAUAGUCACGGAGUCGAGCGUCGUGGUGGCCAUUUACUCAAGAGUGUUGCGUUCGAUAUCAAGAUACCAAAACUUUUGACGUCGACA